CUUCAUAUAUAAAGACCCUUGGGAACACAAAAACAGACAUAAACACAAGGCGGGCAGCGGGAAAGAGAACAGAAGAUGAUGGCUGUUUUUCAGUUUGGAGUUUUGCUUCUGCUUUUAGGAUGUGUGCAGGGUCUGGAGCAGAUCUUCAACGACAACAGCCUCGUGAUUGAAACCUAUGGACGCGACGUGCAGAAAAUGCACGGCUCCUUGUCAGGCUGUAAUAUAUGCAAGAUGAUUUUGAAAAAGAUCUUCACUUCUAUUGGAAAACAACUCUCAAAGGACAAAAUCGACACGGCUCUCAACAAAGUGUGUCAACCAUUGAAAGUGAUCAAAGCGCCCUGCAAGAGCUUUAUCAAGAAAUACAAAGGCAAACUGGUUAAAGCCAUCAUGUCUGCGAAAAACGCACCUGCAGCCUGCAAACAACUCACACUGUGCAAAAAAACAUCAAUUUAUUCCCCAUGAAAGUUUUUUUUUUUUUUUAAAUGUCCACACACUUAAUGUUACACCAAUGUAAAGGGGACAAAAAAAUACUGGAAAAAUCUUCAAUAAAUGUUAAAUAUUUCUUUAAAUAUAUGGACUGAGCUGCCAAAUGUAAACUUUAAUUAAUGUAUAAAUAAAGAUGUAUUCAUUGUUAUCAGCUGUAAGAACUGAUGAUACUGAUUUCAUUAAUGUUUAAAAAAUGUAUGUUGAGGUUUCGUGCAUUUUGCAAAAAAGUGAUUAAGUAAAU